CUUUUCCGCCUUCCGUGUUGCUCACAGCUCCCUGAGAGCAUUUCUCUGCCUGUAGGUGCCGGUGGCCGCAGUGCGCUGCACACCUGGUCACCAUGCCACGCAAGAUCGAGGAGAUCACGGACUUCCUGUUGAUGGCGCGGCACAAGGACACCAAGUCUGUCAAGAUCAAGAAGAACAAAGAUAAUGUGAAGUUUAAAGUGUGGUGCAGCAGGUGCCUUUAUACAUUGGUCAUCACAGACAAGGAGAAGACAGAGAAACUGAAGCAGUCCCUGCUCCCAGGUUUGGCAGUAAAAGAGCUGAAAUGAAGCAGGAGUGCUGAUUUAAACUACAUUAAAAUUAUUUUAAAAAAUAAUAAAAA